AAUAUUUUGUUUUGUUGAUGAGAAAGAGAAUUUGCGUUGCCGCAGCCGCACUGCUAACGAAAUCCAUCUUAUAUCUUUUGACAUUUUGAAGUACAGAAAGUAACUAACGUUUUGAACUAUGCAUUUUGCUUUUGAUACUGGUAAUGAUUUGUCCUUGUGUGUUUCAACAGUCUGCGACUACAAGUAGGAAGUGUUAUUGCUAUUCUUGCACAAUUUUUCGUAUGAGUAAAGGCGAUACUACAGAAAGUGUUAGAAGAAGAUUAUUGUUCCGAGAACGUAUGAACGAGACAACAAAAAUGUCAAACACUCCGAGCGUUACCGUCGAAAGCAGUGGAGUCACCGAUAUGGACCGAUUAAUGAAAGAAAUGCAAUCUUUACACGAACGAAGAGAAUCGGAGAUGAGCAAUUUAAAGUCGAAAUGUACAGAAAUGGAAGCUACGAAGACAGAAAUGGAAACUAUGAAGACAUCGCUUAAGAAAAUGGUACAAAUGGAUAAACUCGAAUCGAAGUUCGACGCGUACAAGCUUGAAACGAAGAAACAACUUGAAACUUUAGAGAAUGAUAAAAAAACGCUACAGACCUCAAUCAAUGCCUUGACCAGAGAGUUAGAUUGCGAACGAGCUCGAAACAAAGAUUUGGCUCUCGAGAUAACUCGUCGGAAAACAACCGAAGCUAAUUUGAAAAAGAAAGUUACUAAUCUCAAUCAGUCGUUAGCCGCAGAGAAAUCUACUUCCAAGACAAAGAUCGAUAAACUAACACACGAAUUGAACAACGCGCUUCUCAAAUCGACCGAGCCAAAAUUACAGCCACAGGUGGAAGUUCCAAAAGUUGAUGACAAGCUUUUGACGAAAGAAUUGAACUCAUCGGACGCCAAAUUGGACGCUAAGAAAACGUUUUUAGCAACGUUGAAGGCGUAUGCAACUCAGACCGACGGUCCAGUCCUACCAAAAAAUGAAAACUAUCAAAUGAUUUCUUCGUCGCAGAAUGCGUCUGUGGUACGUGAUAGUUCGAGUUCUUGCAGACAAAAUUUUAACGUUAUAAGCACUGCUUCCAUCAUUUCCACUAAAGUUAUCGAGAAAGAAGAAAUUUUGUCGACGUCUCUCAACUCUCCUCCAAAGAACAACAGCCGCGGUCGAAAAAGAAAAUCUAUCUAUUCGUUGUGAUUGAAGUAUUUUCAUUUUUGAAAUACUUAAUUUCGUUCUGACGAAGUUUCUUUUUUAUACUUUUUACAAUAUUAUAUAGUUAAGAAUAUGUUUUAGUUCCUUCGGAACUAUUAUUAUCUACCAGGGAAUUUUUCUCUUCAAUGUUUGUUUUUCCAGUUAGUACUUAGAUUGUUAUUGUUAGAUUAAGCGCAUUUGAAGUUAUUGUUAUUGAGAAUAUUGUUAUAUUUUUCUGAUGGGUUUUCUAAUUUUCACCUGUCAACUAACUGUUAGAUUUCAGAGUAUUUUCUGAUACGUUCCUUUGAAUUUGAAAUUAUUGUAAUAUUACUAUAAGGAGAAUUUUCUUAAAAUGUUGAUUGCUUUUGAAUUAUUGAAAUAAGACAAGUAAUUAGAUGAGCUAAACGAUUGUAUUUUUCUAAUAAAGAUAUUCAAAACUG